AAAGCGACAUGCGGCAGAUAAUAAUCUACUAUAUAGUAGGGUGAAAAUAAGAUGAAAGUCAGUUAGACAUUUCUGUACUGUACUGAUUGCCAAGUAUCUAUAUCAGUUAACUAAAGAGGUUGACAAAUGAUGAAUUAUUACGAAAAUACUAAUUGGAAUCAUAGUCUAUGUAGCGUGACGUCUUUUUUCUUUUAACGGCAUGAAAUGUACGGGCCCUGUAAAUAAUCAAUCAAUUAGAUCAGCUCGAUGUGGAUGGAUCUUAAUACCCACGUCCCGAUUAUAACUGCAAUAUUUUUUGAUUUCGAUGGCUUCCUGCACUUUCCUGCUAUAGAAAUUGCGAUCCGUGGAAAGGAUUUUAAAGUGUUUUCGUUAAUUUAAUAAUGUAUAAAAAUUGUGAAAGUUUAAUUCAGUAUUCUGUAAGGUAUGUUUUCUUUAUUAUAUAUGAGGCAAACAAGCAGACAAAUCGACUGAUAGUAAUCAAUUACCGUUGCGAUUUUUGGCUAUGAUUUUUACCUAUUAUUCGUAAGACAUAAACCAAAUGGUAUGAAAAUAGACAGAUAAGAGAAAAAUAGCAAGAAAAGUACAAAAUGCAAUACAUUUGUAAAUUUAUGUCUAGUGAUUCGGCAAACAGUUUUGGUUUCAGCAUAAUGCUAAAAAUGUCAUCGCAUACCAGCUGGCAUCAACUAAAAAGCGUACACCUCAGUACCGAGUCAGUCUCCACUGCAAACGGACGUCUGUCAGACAAUUUUCCCGUCAAAUUUCGUGACGAAAACAUCGACGAAUGUUCUUGUGAUGACAGUGUUUUCACUUAAGUGUGAUGUGAUGAGACGUUUUCUAAGACUUUUUGAGGAUGUUCAUCUUUGCAGUUCUCAGCUUACUGAUACAAGAAUCGUUACCGCUCCGGAUGGUGCGCGUGUCGGUGCCGGCAUACCGCGUGCGCGGGCAGCCGGCGCAGCUGGACUGCGACUACGACCUGGGCGACGACGCGCUGUACUCCGUCAAGUGGUACCGCGACAACGAGGAGUUCUACCGCUACAUGCCCAAGUUCGACCCGCCCAAGCACGCCUAUAAGAUAGAGGGGAUCAAAGUAGACGUAUCUAAGUCAGAUGACCACAAAGUGAUCCUGCACCAAGUGAUGCUGAAGACCUCGGGGCUGUACCGGUGCGAGGUGUCUGCAGAAGCACCAAGCUUUUCCUCAGCUGCUGGAGAAGGAAAAUUAGAAGUUAUUUAUUUACCAAGGGAGGGUCCAAGAAUAACUGGAAAUGAACGGGAGAACAGAAGAGGGGAUUCAUUAUUUCUAAAUUGUACGUCGGGGAGGUCAUAUCCUGCAGCCGUGCUUAGUUGGGACAUCGAUGGAUUGAAGGUAACAGACCAGGAUCUCCUAGUGAAGUACCCGCCGACGCUGCACGCGCACGGGCUGAUGUCAUCGGCGCUGGGUUUGCGGGUGCCGUUGGGGAAAACAAUGCAGGUGCGGUGCACGGCGCGGGUCGCACCCGCCUGGAAAGAAGGCAGCGAGGCUGUUGUUGGAAACCAGCUGGCGGACAGCAAAGAGGCAAUGUUGCUCGGUGAGACUUGUUUUAAUGUCCAUAACUAUAGUUGUGUCAAUCGUUGCAAACGAGUUUGUAUAAUGUGGAAACAGGACAUCUCUUUCGCCUGUUGCACGCUCUGUUUUAUCUACCUGCCGUAAACUUCCAACGGCGUCAUGUCUCCACUUUUUACAAUCUCGGGCGCAGUGAUUGUUUGAUACUAAUAUUAAUAUUCUAAUUUAAAUACUCUCUAAUGUUGCAAGCACACGAUCUGUUGCCUUUAGUGCUAGACCUGCAUGCAUGGCAUUGGCAUGUGGUUUCAUACCAAGGCUUGGAACUGGUUUUAAAAGUAGCGGUAAAUACCGGUAUAUUUUGGUUUUACUCUAAACUUUCAUAAGAACGCGAACAUCUUAAGAACUUUAUUGUAACCUAAAUUAAGCAGUUUAUUUGACGAGCGACGAGAUGGCCGUCCGGCCUGGUGGUGUACCGUGUAAAUAAAGACACCCACAUAGGAAGAAACCGGUUUUUUUAUUCUAAACCGGUUAAUCGAACAAGAAAUUUAUAAGUAAAAGUAAAGUAAAUUCUUUACUUGCGUUAAAUGUUCUUCUAAAAACUGGUUUAAAUAUAAUGGUUUUACAAACGAAACCGAAAUUAAAACGUUUUACGCCAAGUACAUGAUAACGGUUUGGAAAUUUAACCGGUUUCCGAGCCUUGCUUCGAACAAAUGCAAACCUAUGUGAGCUUCCUGUUAUCCCUUGCUGUUUGACGCCACGCUGCCCGCCCGGCUGAGUUAUGAGGAUUCAUAUUUUCAUAGAAAUUGAACGUCAAUGAUAACAUUGCCACACUUCGUCAUUUGAAAUGCCAUGCAGUUAGUUUGGUCCAACUCUAAUUUGCUUGAAAUAAAAUUAGAAGAGAACGCGGUAAAGGUAAAAUCUUUUAAAACUGUUUCUUUGCCAGAUUAUCCUUUGACUUUAAAUUUACCGGCCUAUGUGUAUAGUUUAAAUUAAUGUAACAGCUCAUUCUGUUAACUGACAGGCCACACAUAGGCGACUGAUCGUCCUACAUUACCUAAACUCGUUAUCUCAUAUUUGCUUGAAAUAUAAUUUGAAAGUAGAGAAAGCGGUAAAAUUUUCGAAACAUUUUUCUUUGUCAAAUUAUUUGACAAUCACGAUAUCAAUUGUUUUUAACAUGAUUUGUUCCAUGCCUUGGAAGAAAUUUCUCCGAUAAUUUAGUUAAAGAUUUUAAGCGCCUUGUUCGGCACUUUGCGAGAAAGUAAUUUCGCUCCGGACGACUAACGCGGGUUGACGGAAAUGGAGCCCAGCUGCGACAACUUCGCAAAACUGUAUCGACGCUAUUACGGGCCUGCUGUCUUUAGCCACUGAUAUACUGAUAUAGAUAAUAAUACUCUUAAGGUGUGGGUUCAAAUAGCAGAGUUUUUUAAAAAUCUUAGCGCUUUUUUAGAUAAUUAUACCGUUGCCAAAAAUAUGAAUAGCAAUCUAGUAACUUCAUCGAUUCGAAACUUGAUUGAACAAUUUUAGCUUGAUAGAAAAAACGAACAAAGGACUACAAUGCUCAUUUAAAAAUUCUUAAAUAUGUUUGUUUAAAAGCUAUUAACAUGAAUAGUGUUUUCAAACAUUUGAGUGUUGAUCGAAGUUAUUGAUUACUUUUUUUGAUAAAACUAACUAAAAAUAACAAUUCAAUAACAAUGAUAUACACGAUCUCGGGCAUGCACGGCCAUCUCAGUGCUCAACGAGUUGCGUUCGUAGAAGCACCUGCCCGCGUAGCCAACAAACCAAUCGUUAACGCUCCGUAUCGUAGCGUAGUCGUCUCUCUCUCUCACUCUUCCGUUUGUUCGGUUCGUUCGAGGGAGGGUUAACGAUUGGCAUGUUGGCUACGCGGGUUGAGCUCCUAGUGCCUUAAUGUAUCGCUAUUGUUGCUUGCUAUUUAGAAGCCAAUUUUGAAAUCCAUCAUUUAAUUGUUUUGAUUCAGAGCGUUAUUGGUACCGAUAUAUAAUAAUAACGGGCCCAGUGUUGGUACGAAUACGCAGCGUUUUCUGCAUAAAACUUGUGCGCGAUGAGACCCCAUGGACUUAGAGUUUCAAUGCCAAAUGGUACUAAAUGGUUGUUUUAAAAUGAAAAUAAAACUAUAGUAUAGUAAGGUGAAAUUCGGCCAAGUUUGCUGCGGACUCUCAAGUAACAACAGCAAGAAAGGUUUUCAUAUUCACACAUCUGUUUUGUUCCAGUGAAGAGCUCAAGCGACGUGUCAUCACCGAGCGUAAUCCUGUUAACAUUAGCCCUGGGCCUGCUCAUCGCGCCGACGCAAUCCGGGACGUGAUAAAUUAUCUCCGGUCUUAUAUUAACAAACGUGAUUUAGGCGAA